AUGAUUUUGAAAGAUGGGACAUGGAAGCGAAAUUAUGGCAUUUGGGUACAUAUUCUUUAUUCCUUCCGGCUUUCGGAUCUUCCCCAGUCGGCCAAACCUGGAGAAUUUUGCUCAGCAUCAACAUUGAGAGACUAUUACUUAGACCAGCAUCCACAAACCAAGGAGUUGCUCUUGAUUGCACAGUGGUUACAAUACAACUCUCAAGAUGUUAGUGUCGAGUCGAAGAAGGUUCAAAAUUCCAAAUGGGCACAUACCAAAAUAGCUAUAGAGAAUGAAGCCCUCAACCAGUUAACAUCAAAAAAUCAACCGAUACAUUAUGUUGAUGAGUUAGAUGUCGACGCUCCAUUACGUUCUCAUAAGCAUAUUUCUCCAAAAGACAGGGAAUCGGAUGAUGAGUAUUUUGGAAAAAUUUAUCGUUUACUUGUUAGCGGAGACAUCCAAGCAGCCAUUGAUUUUGCGAGCGAAACCGGCAACUAUACUAUGGCGUUAAUAUUGAUCGGGGCUGCACAAGAUUAUAUUGAUCCAGUCAUGGACAAUGCUCUUGUUGAUGCUAUGGACGAAGAUGCUAUUGAUGAACCCAGUGGUAUUAGACACAAAUUUAUGUGGUUUCAGACAGUCAACAAAUUGGCUCAAGAACAGAAUAUAGGCCCAAAAGAGCGCCUUAUAUACACAUUUUUGUGCGGAGGUUCACUAACAGAGAAUAUCAAAGAAGCUGGCUCCAACUGGGAAGAGUGUUUGUUGCUCUAUAUCAACCAAAUCUUUACUCAUCAUGUUCGUUUAUUAUUUGAAUCUAUUUUACCUGAGUCUGAAGAAGAACACCUUCUGUCAGUGGCUUUUCUCACCCCUCAGAACAACAGUAUCAAUGACGUUUUGAACACCUUACUGAAAUCACAAGCAACGGAGAAAGAGAGUCAAAAUCCACUUCGUGUUAUUAUGGGAAGCGUCAUGAUUAAUCAAUUAAACUUAUUUUUGGCAAAUACAGUUGCUGCCAACAAGAGAGAAAUUUUUGAAGAUGCACAGAUACUACGAGUUUUAGCCCAUUUGGCUGUCAUUAAUGUGAUGUUGAACAUGAAUGAUAACUCAAAAACAACGACAAAAAUUAUAACACGGUACAUUUCAACAUUGUCGAGGUAUGACCUUGUUCCUGUUUAUUUGGCUUUCAUUCCAGAUGAGAAAGAUUUACGGGAAUGUUACUCCAUCUUUUUGUCUCAAAUCACUGAUUCCGCCGAACGUGCACGUCAGCUUGAAAUGUGCAAAAAACUUGGUGUCAUGUCAUCGUCGGAAGUUGAAUCGGAUGCAAGCUCUGUGACUGAAGACAUGGGAGGUGAUUAUGAAAAUAAAAUCAAUAACGUGUUGAAGCGCACUGUUGAGCGAGUUAUGAUAGAAACGGAACCUUUCUAUAAAUCGCCUGAACCACUUACUGAAGUCUCACUAACAGUUCAUCCAAAGGAUAUUACCAUGUAUACUUCCGUUGGAUGGUUCUAUGAAAAUAAGAUGUAUGAAGAUGCCAUUUCGGCUUCUAUAACAGUGGUGCGCCGAUUCCUUUUGACUGGUCGUUUGGCAUCUAUCAUGGCUUUUGCAGAAGAACGAAGUUUCAAACAAUUAAUCAAAGAUUACGAUUUUGAACUUCAGAUGAAAUCAAUCAGCGAAAACAACACACUGUCGCGUAUUACGGAUGCGGACAAGGACGAGUUGCUACAAUACAUACCAUUGGUGGAGUGUUUGAAUCUCAUGCAACAAUGGCGAAGUUUUACAGGAGGAUGGACUACCGUCCCGGAAAAAGUAUGGAAAUCAGCAGAUGUGAGCAAGUCAAUAGAAAAAACGUUGACAUCGGUUCGCCAGUUUAUCUCUAAUUGGUUCAAACAACAAAUUGCUAGCUGCGAUGAUCCUGAACGUGUUGAAAUGUUCAAGCAAUUUAGAUAUACCUAUGUUCCAUACUUUGUUAUCGAGCUAUUGCAAGUGUUGAAGGAGGCGAGAUUUAAUGACUGGCAUUACAUAAAGUCUGCAUUUUCGAUUGUCAAUGAAGUUGCCAAUGACAAGAAUAAUGAUUUUUUAAACUGCUUCAUAGCCUGUGGAAAGUUAGAAGAGUUUGUUACUUUAGCUGGGAAACUCGCCGCUGUCGCUAGCGAAAGAGGCAUAAAGGGUAUAUUUUCUUAA